AUGGGUUCCUGCUUCAGUACGGAAGCAACGGGGGAGGUGACGGAACAGAAAAAGAGAAGCCAGAUGAUCGAUCGGAGACUAGAGGAGGACUCGAGACAGUUACGGAGAGAAUGCAAAAUCUUACUGCUAGGAUCCGGAGAAAGCGGGAAAUCCACAAUCGUCAAACAGAUGAAGAUCAUCCAUCAAAAUGGCUAUACCGUUGAAGAACUAGCUUUAUAUCGUUUAACUGUCUACAAGAACCUGCUCGAGUGCGCCAGAUCCCUCAUUGGUGCUUACGAACGUUACGACCUUGAGCCCUCCAGUCCCAAAGUCCAAGAGUUCAUCGAAUUCCUGUCCGACUACAACAUUGAUCCCGAUCCCAACACCCCCCUCGAUUCGACUGUUGGGGACGCCAUCACCUACCUAUGGAGUGACCCGUGUACAUCAACCGCACUCGAGCAUCAAAAUGAAUUCUACCUGAUGGACUCUGCGCCAUAUUUCUUUGAGGAGGCCAAACGGAUAGCUUCGCCAGAUUACAUCCCCAACGUCGACGAUGUGCUUCGCGCGCGAACAAAGACCACCGGUAUCUACGAAACUAGAUUCACCAUGGGCCAGCUGAGUAUACAUAUGUUUGAUGUUGGCGGCCAGCGUAGCGAGCGAAAGAAGUGGAUACACUGUUUCGAGAACGUCACCUCCAUCAUUUUCUGCGUGGCAUUAAGUGAAUAUGAUCAGGUACUCUUGGAAGAAAGCAAUCAGAAUCGAAUGAUGGAAAGUUUAGUUCUUUUUGAUUCGGUUGUGAACUCUCGGUGGUUCAAGCGGACUAGUAUUGUCCUGUUCCUUAACAAGGUCGAUUUGUUCCGCCAGAAGCUUCCUCGUUCACCUUUGAGCAACUACUUCCCUGACUAUUCUGGCGGUAAUGACGUGAAUCGCGCGGCCAAGUACCUGCUCUGGCGGUUUAACCAGGUCAAUCGAGCACACCUCAAUCUCUAUCCACACUUAACGCAAGCAACCGAUACGACAAACAUUCGCCUGGUAUUUGCAGCGGUCAAAGAAACUAUAUUGCAGAAUGCCUUGAGGGAUUCAGGUAUUCUCUAG